AGUGAACUGAACCUUCCCAUCCCCCCCAAUUGCUCCCUUGUUAUUUGCUUCAUCCUCCUCCAUUAAAACUCCCCUUUUAGCCCAUGGUUUGACCUUUAUUUACCCACUGUUUUGCCUUAGACGUUGCCGAUUUUCUUAUUACAAGCAUGACUGGUUUUGGAACAUAUAACAUGGGAUUCUUAUCACUCUUUGGUGCUUAAUAGGCUAGUGUUAGAACCUAACUUUUCUUGCUGCUAUGUUCCGUACCCCAUAAUCCCCCUUGACGCUCGAGUGAGUUUGUGUUUUUCUUCUUAGACUAUUAUUGCUCAUUGUUACAUUGCUCAUUAGUCUCACUUUAUUUUGCAUGUCAAUCUUGUUUGCUGAGUUUCCCUUAUCCUAUUCAACCCAAGUCCCUUGAGUCUACCCUACCUAGUUUGUUAAUCUUGUAGGAAACUUAGUCACCUAGGAACCCCCUACAUCAGCUUUCCUCACCACUUCUCCUAUGGUCAUUUUUGGUCUACCCCUAACUCUUUUACAUAAUAAAGAAGCUCAAUAUACAUGUACUAAAGAAGCUCUCUCUGUUCAUUCUCUAUACAGAUUUUCCCAAUAAAAAAAAGGGGGUUUGGGUGGGGGUGUUGGGGGUUGGGAAUGACUGAUAUCAACUUAAUGAUCGAGCUGAUUGUUAAUUCAGCAUUCACUAUGAAUUAUUCUACUAAUUGGAUUUCCUGUUCUUUGGCAUUGAUAAUGGUCAUUUAGUUAUAAUUAUGAUUGCUUAGUUUGACAAUAAUAUGUGAUCUGGCAGCCAUGGGUGUGCUGGUCAUUCUAGGCCCCUCUCUAUCUCUCUCACUUUGUUGCACCUGCUCUUCUUGACAUCAUCCUAUACCUCUGCUUAUGUUUCCCACUGGAUCUUGCCUAUUUUGGAACCUCAACUGCAAUUUCUGUCUUCCUUUAUCUGUUCUUCUCCAUCUUGCCCUGUGCUUUUCGCUCUAUAUCACUCCAUGUCUUGUUGAAGCUAUCUUCUCUCUACUCUCUCUGUCACUCCGUCUUGACCAAGCUAUGUUUUUUCUUCUCUGAUUGUUGGGUUAUAUUUGGUUUUGAUAUUAAGUACUACUCCUUUCACACUAUCUUCUGCCCAGUUAGAUCUUAAGAUUAUGAAACCUAAACUGAAACUAACAGGUUUCAGAGUCUACUAUGAGAGUAAAUUUUUCAACACAUUUUCUGGGGAAAUCAAUCACCAGAGAGCCAAAGAAUGCUUGAGCUACAGGCAAAAACCUUCUCUCCAAUGCUUAGUAGAUCAGCCCAUGUUAAAGAAAUAUAGUAGUGAAAAACUUAGCUGCAUAACCUCCACCUCAUCAUGAAUUUAUUGUUAUGUUACAUAUACUCUACAUAACUUCUUAUAUAUUUUAUGUGAUUUCUCCAAAGAGACAAGUGCAUAUGCUUUAAUAUGUUUGUUAUCUAAUAUGGUAUAUUUUGUGUUAGAAUAUUUAGGCUGCAUUGGGUAUGCAUUCUGCAUCAAGAACAUGUUCCGAAAUGUAAAAAACAUUGUUUUACAUUCCCGUUCUGAUUCUGGGAUGAGUCUAAGAACGAGGUUCAUUGUGGAAUGCAAUUUUUACCUGUUCUGGGUUCGCGUUCUGGCACAAGUAUUUUAAACAGAGAUUUUGAGAGUGUGAACAGACUAGGAGAUUACGGAGAGAUUAUCAUGAUCUUGAUCUCUGCUGUUUGCACAGAAGUUGAAGCUUUCCUCCAGAAACAAAGUGCAGACCAGAGCAGAUCCUUGUCGAUUGUAUUCUCUGCCCUAAUUUGUAAGAUUUUCAGAUUCGUUGAAUGCUUGUCGCAUAAAUCACCUUUGUCUGCUGGAUGGAUUGAUCAAUUCAGGCAUCCAGUCAUUCUGAGCUUGCAUAUUUAUGUCCGUUGUUCACAGAGAAUAUUAAGGAUGGUCAGGGGCAACAGCGAAAGUUCUGACAUUGUAAUAGUUAAAGAAAAGCCGAAGGAGUGACAGCUUUAUGAGUUAGGAUGAAAGGACUAGAGAAGGUGUUGCUUGUUGCUUUCUGAAGUAUUUUAUAUUUCAUGGUCAUAUAAUUUGAGGAUUAUGGUAGGUUGAAGAUGGUUGGACAUGUUUGCAUACAUAACAUGUACAUUUGACAUAUCUAUUAAGUAGAUUGCAUCAGCUGUUUGUCUGCUUUGUUGUUGAGCCCUGCAAUGGCACUUGUUUUGUCUGUGCAGGAGCUCUUAUCUUUCAUCAGAUCAACAAUUAAACUAUCUACUGUUUUUGCUACCCCUCAACCCUGAAAAAAAAAAAAAAAGCCGUCUAUCUACUGUUUUCCUUUAGCUAUGAAUGAUUAGUACCAAGAAUAUCAUGCCAUGAGCUGUUAAUUUUCCACUCUUAUUGUAAUUAGUAUAUAUGAAAUGGUUAAACAAUUCAAAUUC